AUUUUUUUCCUAUUUAAACUAACCAAAGCCCUGCAUAUUAUUUCCUCCACCUUUUUCUUCUAAAUUUCUCUUCGAUUUCGAGUUUCUACAUUGUUUUGAAGUUCUUUGAUCUUGCUGGUUUUGGAGUUGGAAAUAAGUAAAAAUGGAGUAUGAAGAAAACCAACAGGCUGUAGAGAAGUAUGAAUGUCUCAUUUUUGAUAUAGAUGAUACUCUUUACUCUGCGUGGUCCGGUUUUUCACAUCAGAUCACAGAAAAUAUUCAAGAGUAUAUGAUAGAAAAGCUUGGCAUUGAGAAAAGCAAAGUCAUAGAAUUGUGUGCUUUCUUGUACAAGCAUUAUGGCACUACAAUGGCUGGUCUAAGAGCUAUUGGAUAUAAAUUUGAUUAUGAUGAUUUUCAUAGUUUUGUACAUGGAAGAUUGCCCUAUGAUGCUAAUCUAAAACUUGACCCUGUUCUUAGAAAUCUCUUGCACAGCUUACCAGUUAGAAAAAUUGCAUUCACCAAUGCAGAUAAGAAUCAUGCCAACAGAGUUUUGAGUAAACUUGUCUUGGAGGACUGCUUUGAACAGAUCAUAUGCUUUGAGACCUUAAACAACACAAACAAAGGCAAUGAACCUGGAAACGAUGAUGAAAACGGGGUUUUCGACAUCAAUGAAUACUGCGCUGCACCAAACGCUGGAAUCAAACUUCCGAGGACACCAGUUGUCUGCAAACCAUUUGAAGCAGCGUUUGAGCAAGCCUUUAAGAUUGCAGGCAUCAACCCUCAAAGAACAAUGUUCUUUGAUGAUAGUAUCCGAAACAUACAAACCGGGAAACGACUCGGUCUCACCACCGUGUGGGUAGGCUCUUCUCGCCGAACGGACGGUGUGGACUACGCGUUAGAGAGCAUCCACAAUAUCAAAGAAGCACUGCCAGAGCUAUGGGAGUCUAAUGAGAAGUCUGAAGGUGUGAAGUAUGCGGAAAAAGUUGCCAUUGAGACUUCAGUUAAAGCAUAGGUUAUGAGUUGAUGUGCAUUUUCAUAAUUAUAUCAUUUAAUCAUGUAAUCUAAGACUUUGUCUGGAAAUUAAUUAAUGAAGUUUGAAUUGUUUUGUUU